UGCGCUUGCGCACUGCAGGGCACCGUCGCGAGGGACGCGCUGUCGAUGUGCCUCUGUGGCUGCUGUGAGAUCUGCCGCAUGGCGCGGGAGGUGCGCACUCGUUCCCUGUCUUAAAGAGCGGAGGGCAGCACAAGACUCGCCGGCAAGCGCAGGAGCGCAUGCGCCCACGAGAACGCGCCUCGGGGAAUCGUACGCUGUCUCGGUGCCGCGCGAGGGCCGGGUCCUCCCUCGACCGGAAGCUGCCUCCCUCGCGGUUGCCUUGGCGACGACGCGGCGCCUCUCGCCGCCUCAGCAGCGCCGGCCGAGCGUCCUUCGGCCUGCUCGCCAUGUCGUUGCGGACGCUGCCGCUGCUCGUCCUCAACCUGGGCGGAGAGAUGCUCUACAUCGUGGACCAGCGGCUGCGCGCGCAGAGCAUCCCGGGAGACAAGGCGCGCCAAGAUGAAUGGACUGAUGUGGACAGGAGACGAGUGAUGAAUGACAUUAUUGGGGGCAUAUUCAAUAAAAAGUUUAUGGAUGAGCUGUUUAAGCCGCAGGAGCUCUAUUCCAGGAAAGCCCUGAGGACAGUAUUUGAGCGGUUGGUUCAUGCCUCCAUCAUGAGACUGAAUGCCCCCAGUAUGGAUAAGCUUUAUGACUUAAUGACUAUGGCUUUCAAGUACCAAGUUCUCCUCUGCCCUCGACCCAAGGACCUUCUGCUCAUUACUUUCAACCAUCUGGAUGCCAUUAAGGAUUUCGUCUAUGAAUCGCCCAAAAUUCUGAACCAAAUUGAUGUUACUUUUCGGAAGCUCAUUGAUACGUAUAGCUCACUCUCUGCUGGGGAACUUCAGCUUAUCCGGCAAACACUGCUCAUCUUUUUCCAAGACAUACAUAUCAGGGUUUCCAUUCUCUUAAAAGAUAAAGUACAGAAUUCCAAUGGCCACUUUGUGCUGCCAACUUCAGGUUCAGUUCCUUGGGGAACAGAGAUCCCUGGCCUCAUCAGACUUUUUAACAAUAAAGGAGAUGAAAUUCAGAGGAUUGAGUUCAGCAGUGGAGGAAAUUACGUUCUUCCGUAUCGGGAAGGCUCAUUUGACCUUCAUGGAGACAGAGUCAUUAAACUGGGAACAAACAUAUACAGCAUCAGCCGACCUGUAGAGACAGAUGUGUCAGGGGCCACCAAAAGCUUGGCAUCUCGCAUUAAGGAGAACACUGCUCCCAAUCCUCUUGCUAAAGAAGAGCUGAAUUUGUUAGCCAGGCUGAUGGGCGGGCUGGAGAUCAAGAAGCCCCUUGUCAAGGAGGCUGGUUUUCGUCUGAAUCUCUUUACCACUGAUGAGGAGGAAGAACAAGCUGCCCUGACUCGUCCAGAGGAGUUAUCCUACCAAGUUAUCAACAUCCAUGCAGACCAGGACCAACAACGAAAUGAGGAGCUGGAUCGCAUCAUGGGGGAAUUUGAGGUGUCAGAACAGCACAGUGAGACGACCAGCAAGGGAUGUGAUUUGUUGGCAAUGAUGGAUAAACUGUGACCCUCAGCUUUGAUGCAAAGGAAUGUCAGGACACACCAUCUUGAUGGGAACUAUAGAAGAGUCUUAUAGAAGAGAGCGGCUA